CAUCGUUCUCCACAUGUGCGGAGGAUACACCAUACCAUACCUUGUUCAUUCAGUUGUUCAGUUUGACAUAAGUGCUUGAAGACACGCGAGACAGCUCAACUUGUUCACGACUUUUGAGACUUUUUUUUUCGUUCGGGAAUUCCCCGUUGAAAAAAUUAUUAACAAGUGUGAUAUAAUUUCAAGUUUUUAAUCAUUUUUCAAUUUUUUUUUUUUUUUUUGCUUCGAACUUUACUUUUAUUUGACAACCUCAUAAAAGAAAGUUUACUUUUACUGUGUAUUUUUCUAUUCAAUAUGCGCCAACGAUUUUGGUCGUUGGUGCUACUACUAUCAAUAACAGCAUGUCAAAUUGCAGACGUAGCGGCAAAAUAUCAUCAUAUAAAAUUCCGACAUGCAAGGCACAGGAGACAACAUGCAGACGGCUAUUUGCCAAGCAGUUUUGUGGCUGAAAAUGACGAACCCGAAGAGGGACGUUGGGGAUCCUGGUCAGCACCCAGCUCCUGCUCUAGAUCCUGUGGUGGCGGUGUCGCUCAUCAAACACGGCGAUGUUUAGACAUUGACAACAAUGGGUAUGACAGAUGUACGGGAGCUAAGAAGAGAUUCUUCUCAUGUAAUAUUCAACCAUGUCCAGGUGGUUCUGGAGACUUUCGUGCAGAGCAAUGCGCCGAGUUCAACUCAGUACCAUACGAGGAUGUAUUUUAUGACUGGGUUCCAUACACUGGUGCACCGAAUAAGUGUGAGCUAAACUGUAUGCCACGGGGUGAACGUUUCUUUUACAGACAUAAGCUUGCAGUUACUGACGGUACACCGUGUGAAGUUGAAAAAAACGACGUUUGUGUCGAAGGGAAAUGCAUGCCAGUAGGAUGUGACAUGAUGCUGGGUAGCGAUGCAAGAGAAGACGCUUGCAGAGAAUGUGGUGGUGAUGGCUCUGAUUGCAACACCGUCAGCGGCUUCUUCGACACCGAUGACCUCCAAGUUGGAUAUAUCGAUAUUCUACUUAUUCCUGAAGGCGCUACAAAUAUUGCUAUCAAGGAAAUUGCACCUUCAAAUAAUUACUUAGCAAUUCGUAAUACGUCUGGGUAUUAUUAUCUAAAUGGCAACUGGAAAAUAGACUUCCCCCGAAGUCUAAAAUUUGCCAAUACAAUAUUUCAUUACGCGAGGGAUCCGCAAGGCUUCUCAGCACCGGACACAAUUACAGCCUUGGGACCAACUAGCGAAGCGAUUUAUGUCGUCUUACUCUAUCAAGAUCGAAAUGUUGGGGUGGAGUAUAAAUACAGUAUUCCUAAAAAAUUCUCGCCUCAAGCUGAUCCCGAUAGCUAUACGUGGACUGCCGAUGAAUUUUCCGAAUGUAGCGUAACAUGUGGUGGAGGCUAUCAAUCAAGACGAGUGAACUGUGUAAGACGUCGUAAUAAUGAGCCCGUUGAUGAGAAACUCUGUGAUCCGCAAUUAGAACCAGAUGACACUCAAUCUUGUGGGGAAAGUGCAUGUCCACCCGAAUGGGUUGAAAGCGAAUGGACGCCUUGUAGUAAACAAUGCGGUGAGGGUGGUGAACGUACACGAGAAAUAAAGUGUGAGCAGAUCAUCGUUGGUGGCAUACCGACCAUCGUUGACGACUCGAUGUGCAUUGAGAAACUUGGACCGAAGAAUGAGACCACCCAGGAAUGCAAUCGCAAUGUUACAUGUCCUAUGUUUCACUUAGGACCUUGGAAACCCUGUGAUCACUUGUGUGGUAAAGGAAAACAAACGAGAAAGGUAACUUGUUAUAAAAAAGAUGAUGACGGCAAAAUACAAGUAUUAGAUGAUUCAGCAUGCGAGGGUGAAGUGCCAGAAAAAGAGAAGCCAUGUGAAUUAAGACCCUGCGCUGGACUUGAUUGGGUCGCCUCUGAAUGGAGCGGAUGUGAUGAUAAAUGUGGUCUUACUCAAGAAACACGAACUGCUCAUUGUGCCACUCAAGAUGGUACUAUUUAUCCUGAUGACAAGUGUGAGCCAGAUAAAAAACCAGAGUUAACACGUGAAUGUGAGAAUACCAAAGGAUGUGAAUUUCAAUGGUAUUCAACUCAGUGGAGUGAGUGUUCGGCAAAAUGCGGUAAAGGCAUACAAACUCGUAAAGUUUUUUGCGCAACAUUUGAAGACGAUGUAACAUUAAAAAAAGUAUCUGAUGAAAAAUGUAAACCUGAAAAACGUUAUAACGAUACGAAGGAAUGUACAUCAGAAAUUGUUGAAUGCAAAGGCGAAUGGUUUGCAGGUCCAUGGAGUAAGUGUUCUAAACCAUGUGGUGGUGGUGAUAAGACACGAAAAGUUGUAUGUUUAAAAGACGAUAUGACUGUCCCAAUAAGUAAUUGCGAUCAAGACUCCAUAAUGUUUUCCAUGGAAGAAUGUAAUAAACAUCCUUGUGGUAAAGAUGAAGUAAUACCUGUAGAGCCGGGAAAAGAUAAUAUUCCAACGGAUGAAGAUGAUGAAUGUGAAGUAUACGAGGACGAAGAUUUCGUAACAUUAGCUUCGAGCUUAAAAACUGAUGAAGAUGAAAUAUCAAGUUCUAUUUCACCUUUCGAGUCAACUGGUUUGAGUAUGUCAACAUUAGAUGAAACAAUGAUGAGUGAUUCAACGUAUAGCCGUGGAGAUAUGACACCAACAGAUUUUGAAAGUGGUUACAGCAGCGGUGACGGAAGUGGUGACGAUGAGUUUACGCUAUUUACUUCUGUUUACACAGACACCUCAUCGUCAAGUAGUGAGUUUUCGACAAUUGAGGGAAGUGGAAUAACCACAGAUGAGGAAACCACAGAAAUGGAAACUGAUUUAACAACAGGAGUUUCAGUUAGUGAAGAUUCGGAAGAAACUUCUGAUACUACUGAUGUUUCUGAUAUUACUGAAGCAUCAAUGUCUACUGAUUCAACAAGUUCUAAUAUUGCAAGCAGUACAGACGAAUCGGGAUCAACUGAGUCAUCUGGUUCUACUGAUGUUUCUGGUACGCAAUCAUCGGGAUCAUCUGAAGCAUCUGGUAGUACAGAAGAAUCUUCUUCUAAAGCAUCUGGUAGUACAGAAGAAUCUUCUUCUGAAGCAUCUAGUAAUACAGAAGAAUCUUCUUCUGAAGCAUCUGGUAGCACAGAAAAAUCUUCUUCUGAAGCAUCUGGUAGUACAGAAGAAUCUGCAGCUUCUUCAGAGUCAACGAUAUUUGAAAGUACAAUUGAAUCAUCAUCUGAAAUUUCUACCAUGGAAUCAUCAGAAAUAUCAACCGAGACAUCAGAUUUGACUACAUCGGAAUCUAGUGUAUCGACGGCAGAAUCAUCAUCGGAAUUAUCAAGUUCAUCAGAAUCAAGUGCAAGUACUGAAUCAGAUAUUACCACAGUGUCAUCGGCGUCAGAAACAACCGAGUCAUCACAGUCUACUGAAUCUGGACCAACAGAAACAACUGAAUCAGCUCCAACAACCUCUUCUGAAGAAACACCAACAACUUCUUCUGAAGAAACACCAACAACUUCUUCUGAAGAAACGCCAACAACUUCUUCUGAGGAAACGCCAACAACUUCUUCUGAAGAAACGCCAACAACUUCUUCUGAGGAAACACCAACAACUUCUUCUGAAGAAACACCAACAACUUCCUCUGAGGAAACACCAACAACUUCUUCUGAAGAAACACCAACAACCGAUACAUCCAUAACCGAAACAACAGAAUCUGAUGUAUCUAAAUCAUCCUCAUCUGAUGUAACUGAAACAUCUUCUUCGGAGUUUGAAACAACUACAUCAGAACUUCCUUUCACAAUUUUACCUGUUGAUGGAGAAAGUGAUUCCGAAGGAUUACGUAAAGAUCUUGAGACAUCAUCAGAAUCUUCGUCGACUGAUGAAACUAGUGCUACUUCUGAAAGUUCAUCUGAUGUAAGUACAACUGAAGUAUCUGGUACUACUGAGUUAUCUACAACAGAAUCAUCAGAGUCUUCAGAAUCAGGAUCUACAACUGAAUCGGGCGAAACAACUGAAUCAGGAGCUACAACUGAAUCAGGUGCAACAUCUGAGUCAGGAGCAACAUCUGAGUCAGGGGCAACAUCUGAGUCAGGUGCCACAUCUGAGUCGGGUGAAACAACUGAAUCAGGAGCUACAACUGAGUCAGGUGCAACAACUGAAUCGGGAGCUACAACUGAAUCGGGUGAAACAACUGGAUCAGGUGAAACAACUGAAUCAGGAGCUACAACUGAAUCGGGAGCUACAACUGGAUCAGGUGAAACAACUGAAUCAGGAGCUACAACUGAAUCGGGAGCUACAACUGGAUCAGGUGAAACAACUGAAUCGGGAGCUACAACUGGAUCAGGUGAAACAACUGAAUCAGGUGCAACAACUGAAUCCGGUGCAACAAGUGAAUCAGAAACAUCUACAGAAUUAACUGGCAGUACUGAAUCUGUUGGAUCUACUGAAACUGAAACAGAAGUUUCGACAGUUUCAGGUGAGACAACAGAAUCAGGAGCAACAACUGAAAGUGGUAUGACAGAAGAAACUACUGUAUCUGGUACCACUUCAACUGACGAAGGAGAAACUGAUUUAACUGGCAAAUCAGACAUAUUAGAUCUAUUUACCACAAGUCCAGUGGAAGAGGCAAUAUCAAAAGAACAUAAACUCAGAAAAUGUAAAGUUAAAAGGAAGAAGAAGAAGUCAUGCAGAACUUCUGAAUUUAAUUGCUGUUACGACGGCAUUACCCCAGCUCAAGGGCCAUUUGGAAAAGGCUGCCCGACUCCACAAACUUGUGCAGAAACGACUUUCGGCUGUUGUCCAGACGGUGUAUCAGUUGCUGGUGGACCAAAGAAUGAAGAUUGCCCAUCAAUGCAUUGCAAUGAAAGUCUAUUUGGAUGUUGUCAAGAUGGUGUGACACCUGCUGAAGGUAAUGAUUUCGAAGGUUGCAAAAAACCAUGCAACCAGACUGAAUUUGGAUGUUGUCCAGAUAAUGAGACUCCAGCAAGUGGUGAAAAUAAUUUCGGAUGUUGUAAUGUAACUCAACAUGGUUGUUGUCCUGAUGGAAUCAAACCUGCAUCUGGACCGGAUGAAGAGGGUUGUGAAGAGAAUAUAACAGAAGGAACUGGCCAUACUGAAGAAUAUGGAAGCACAACACCGUUCGAAGGGGACUGUGCUAACUCAGCCUACGGAUGUUGUCCAGAUGGAAAGAGUCCUGCAACAGGAAUAAACUUUGAAGGCUGUGGAGUUAUUAACACAGAAAAUUGUACUGCUUCUUACUUUGGAUGCUGUGCGGAUGGUGUCACUACGGCACUAGGUGGACGUGGUGAAGGUUGUCAUGCAGCUUGUGAAUCAUCAACUCAUGGAUGUUGUCCAGAUCGUCUGACUCCAGCUCAUGGACCAAACGGCGAAGGCUGUUGCUUAACAUCCCCUUACAAAUGUUGUCCCGAUAAUAUUCUCCCAGCUCGAGGUCCUGAUUUUUACGGAUGUGGCUGUGAGUAUUCGCGUUUCCGCUGCUGUCCCGACAACACUACUGCAGCACGUGGACCAAACAAUGAAGGCUGUGGAUGCCAAUACACAGCCCACGGAUGUUGCCCCAAUAAAUUCACUCCCGCAACUGGACCCAAUUUCGAGGGAUGUCCAUGUUACACAUAUCAAUUCGGUUGCUGCCCAGAUGGUGUCACCACUGCCAAGGGUCCACGUGGCCAUGGAUGUGGUUGUGAGAGCACUGAAUUCGGUUGCUGCUCAGAUGACCGAACUCCAGCUAAGGGUCCAAACUUUGCUGGAUGUACUUGCGAUGCAUCUAAGUACGGUUGCUGUUCAGAUGGAAUCGAAGAAGCACAAGGAGAAAACUUUGAAGGUUGUCGUACAGUACCAACUACUCCAGGAGCUGCUUGUUCUCUGGCUAGAGAUCGUGGUUCAUGUCGUGACUUUACUGUCAAAUGGUUCUUUGAUACUGAGUAUGGUGGAUGCUCGCGAUUCUGGUAUGGUGGUUGCGAGGGCAAUGAUAAUCGUUUUAAAACUCAAGAAGAUUGUAAAGAUACCUGUGUAUCUCCUCCUGGACGAGAUGUAUGCCACUUGCCCAAGAGUACUGGUCCCUGUGAAGGGUACUACCCAAUGUGGUACUACGACAGUGAAAGAAAACAGUGUGGGCAAUUUAUUUAUGGUGGUUGUCUUGGCAAUAAUAAUAAAUUUAAAGCUCGUGAAGAAUGUGAACAACUUUGUGUCGUUCGGGAUGACAGUGAUCCGUGCGAGUUAGACAAAGAAUCAGGACCAUGUGAGGGUAACUUUACGCGCUGGUACUUCAACAAAGAUUCUCAAGCGUGCGAACAAUUCCGUUACGGUGGUUGCAAAGCUAAUACUAAUAACUUCCCAACUGAAGUUGCUUGCCACCAACAAUGUCUUCAACCGGGUCGCAGUAAAGAUUUUUGCUCACUACCAAGAGCUGAAGGUAAUUGCACGGAAAAAUAUCCAAAGUGGUACUUUGAUCAGUCAGAAAAUCGAUGCAUGCCAUUCUAUUACACAGGAUGUGGUGGAAAUAGAAAUAAUUAUGACGAUAGGGAUGCAUGUGAAGUAGAUUGUCCGCCUAAAAUUGAGCAAGAUCUUUGUCUUUUGCCUGCACUUCUUGGUGAGUGUCAUAAUUAUACCCAGCGGUGGUAUUAUGACUCGUUUGAACAACGAUGCAGACCAUUCUUCUACGGCGGAUGUGGAGGAAAUGAAAAUAACUUUAAUACGGAGGAAGACUGUAGUAAUAGAUGCGUAGCUUCAGUUACUAAACCACCAGAUAGUCGACAAAGAUUUUCUCCAGCCAUGUGUUUCCUGCCCGAUGAACAUGGGCCCUGUAGAAAUGAACAAGUGAAAUGGUUCUAUGAUAGUAGAGACGGUAUUUGUAAGCAAUUCCGUUACGGUGGAUGUGCAAGCAAUGGAAAUAAAUUUGAAUCACGCGAAGAGUGUGAAUACCGAUGCGGAGAAGUUCAAGACCCAUGCAGUUUGCCUAAAGUAGUUGGACCAUGCAGUGGUUCGAUGAUUCAAUUUUAUUAUGACCACGAGACGGAUACUUGUGAAGAGUUUGAGUACAGUGAAUGUGGUGGUAACAAAAAUCGUUUCCAGGAUCAUGAAAGUUGUGAGAGUAAAUGUAAACGUAGACGACCGCCGCCGCCACCACCACCCGUACCAGAACCACAAGCAUCAACAUCUAUACCACUUUCUGAAAUUGUUCCUAAUAGUCCUAUUUGCUUGGCUCCGGUUGAUGCCGGGCCAUGUAAUUCUGAAAUUACCGCUUACUAUUAUGAUCCCCAAUCUCAAGCAUGUCAAGCUUUCAUUUACGGUGGAUGUGAAGGCAACGCCAAUAGAUUCCAGAGUGAAGAACAGUGUGAAAGACUUUGUGGACGUUUCCAGGGUCAAGACUCGUGUAAUCUUCCAUCGGAUACUGGACCAUGCAGAGGCAACUUCAUAAAAUACUUUUAUGAUCCAAAUGCACGUGCUUGUCGUCAGUUUUACUACAGCGGCUGUGAAGGCAAUGCCAAUAGAUUUAGCACUGUGCUCGAGUGUGAAUCUGUUUGUUUACAUCGUGAAGAACCUACACCUGCUGGCAAUAAUACAGCACUCUCACACUUUGCAAUUUGCCGUGAGCCUGUGGAUGUUGGAACAUGUCCAACUGGUAAUUACAAAAGGUUUUAUUUCGACGAAGACCGUCGUACUUGCAUGGCAUUUGUUUAUACUGGGUGUGGUGGAAAUCGUAACAGAUUCAAAACAUUUGAAUCUUGUAUGCACACUUGCUACAGAGCGAGCAAUGAAAUAGACGUAGACAAUAGAAAUGUAUCAAAGGAUCCAUGCAUUGAAGCAAGAGAUGAAUGCAAUGCAAUUCAAUGUCCUUAUGGCAAAGAAGCUUUCGUCGAUGAUCAAGAUUGUGAACGCUGUAAAUGCGUUGAUCCAUGCCGAAGUGUUAAUUGUCCUGAAGGAUCUAGAUGUUCAAUAACUUUAGCAGCUUCUGCUGAUUCAGGAACAGAAUACAGAGCAGUUUGUCGAACAAUUACUAAACCAGGUCGCUGUCCGAGAGUAUCCUACAGUACAAGAUGCGAAAAAGAAUGUGAAACUGAUGCUGAAUGUUCGGGUGAACUCAAGUGUUGUGACAACGGAUGUGGUACCUCGUGUUUAGAGCCUGCAUCUGAAGAACCUUUGGUAACACCACCGCCAACUUAUAAUUUAACUGCACCACCUUAUGGAGCCGAGCCAGCUGCUAUUCAAAAACCAACAGAACCACACGUAAGUGGUGAAGAGGGUGGAUAUGUCAGUAUGAAGUGCAUUGCUACAGGAAAUCCUACACCAAUUAUCACAUGGAAAAAAGAUUCUAUUGUGAUAAAUCCAGCAGAAAAGAGACGACGAAUAUUACUUGAUGGAACAUUAGAAAUUAUUAACUUAUACAGCUACGACAGAGGCACGUAUAUUUGUUUUGCUGAUAAUGGACUUGCACCACCCGUUAAGACUGAAUAUCAAUUAGAAGUAACAGAACCUCAUGAACGGCCAGCUGCUAUUAUCGGUGAAAAAAAUACUUAUGUAACAGUAACAAUGAACUCACCAUCGACACUGUAUUGUUAUGCAAUGGGUUGGCCACGUCCUUUUGUAACCUGGUGGCAUGGAGACCGUAUGCUUCCAUUAUCUUCAGAGCAUUAUGAGCAAGACUCUGAAUACACAUUAUUAAUUCGUUCAGUAACUUUAACAAAUCUCGGUAUCUAUACUUGUCAAGCUUACAACGGUAUUGAUCGUCCUUCUUCAUGGUCUGUAACACUUCAAGCAAUUGGCCCAGUGUACAAUGUUAAACCAGAGUAUCAAGAGUAUACUAAAUACCUUGUAGAACCACCCAAGCGACCUAACAAUACUGAUCGCAGACCAGAGUACCCAUACAGACCAUCACGAACUCAAGCCCCUCAUUAUAAUCAGACUUACAUUCCUAUUCGUUAUACUCGUCCUACACCCAGACCUUACAUUCCACCUGUUAUUCCUCUUACUGAACCUCCACGACAGCCACCCGAAAUCAGAGUACCAGUUGUCGUCAAUGUAACAUCAUCAGGAAAUAAAUUCCCAGUAGGAAGUGACUUCAGUAUUGCUUGUACUGUUGAUGGUUAUCCGAUUCCUAAAGUACUAUGGUAUAAAGAUAAUGAUAUAAUUAAUACAGAUGGACGAGUUACAAUUUCUGAAUCAAAUAGACUUACGGUUACCAAUGCCGGUUACAAUGAUACCGGAAAAUAUCGCUGUGAAGCUUACAACAAUUAUUCAAAUGAUUCAGACACAAUAGACAUAAGUGUUGAAGGCGUACAUAUCGAUCCAGAGUGUCAGGAUAAUACGUUCUUUGCUCGAUGUGAUUUAAUAGUGAUUGCAAAAUACUGUCAGCACAAGUAUUAUGCUAAAUUCUGUUGUAGAUCGUGCACUGAAGCAGGACAACUUCCACCAGCUAAUAUGUAUCUUAAAGAUUCAACAAGAAGAAGAAAGAGAUCUUUUAGGAAUAUUUUCUAAGCAAGUGCACGAGUCAUUUCUUAAGCGAAAAAAAAAGAAAGAAAAAAAAAUAGUUAAUAUUAAUAAUGAUAAUAGUUAUAAUGCAAACAACAGAAUUAAAAUUUAUUUCACAAUGCCUAUUUAAAUCGAGACACAAUUAAUAUAUAUUUAAUAUAUUUAAAUAUUAAAUAUUAUUGUCUCAAAGGCUAAACUGAAUACAAUCGAGUCUCGUUCACUGCCAAAGCCUUAGAACGUUUAUGCAUAGAUACUUAUGGAGUACGAAUGAUAAUAAUAAUUAAUAUAAUAAUAAAAAAAAAUUAAAAAUAAUAAUAACAAUAAAGUAAUAAAUGACCACAGUAUCCAUAUAAACACGAUCUGAAGCUAAUCAACUAGUCGUUAAGGAACUGCGUGUCAGUAUUCCCUCAAGUCAUUCGUUUCUGUACAAUCACGAGAGACAUCAUUCAUACAUUUUUUUUUAUAUAUUAUUAUUAUUUCAUUAUUGUUAUAAUUAUAUUAUAAAUUUAUGAAUUAAUUCAAUUCAUAAAUAAUUAAAAUUAAAAUCCCGUAAUUACUUUAAUAUGUUUUUCAAUAAUUAAAUAUUUAGCCAUGAAAAAUAUCAAAGAUAACGAAAAAAUAAUAAUUGAUAGUUAAUAAUAUAUAUAUCUUAUAUGCCAUUUACACGUAUUUUAAAAAUUUAAAUAAGUUUUUAUAUUCAUUUUUAAUUAAUAUAUUAAACGUUUAUAUUUUUCGAUUGCCACCAAUUUUUUAAUUUAGUGGAAUUAUAAAAAAAAUAAUUGCAAUAAGUUUUAGUUUUAUUACGUCAUUUUAAUUACGUAUUAAUAAGAAGAUUAUUUAUAAAAAAAAAUGUUUUUAUAGAAUUAAACCUCUCGAUUUUUUUUAAUUAUAUCGCCAAAAAAUAUCAUACAUUGUAUAGUUUUUAUUUAAUUAAAUUACUAACUACAAAAAAAAUAUUAAAAAAAUUAAAAAAAAAGUUAAGAACAAAAGUAUAAAAAACAUUAAAAGUUUGAUUGUUCAUACAUACACAUAAAUUUAUAAAUCUUCUAAAACAUAUCGAUCAUCAUCGACUAAUUAAAAAAAUAUAUAAUCAACAAAUCAUUUAUAAUCAAUCAGAUGAAAAAAAAAAUAUAUUAGAAUAAAUAUAAUGUCACUUUGCACUAGGCAAUACUAAAAGGAUUUAUCAAAUUGUUAAACGUUUAAUUACUCAUAUUAAUCAACAUACAAAUGUAAAAGCAAAAAAACGUUUACUGUUAAACAUAUAUUAUUCUAUAUCAAUCAAAUUUGAAUUAAAAAAAAAAUAAAAAUAAAACGCAGUGCCUUAAAUAAUAAUGUAGAUUAGUGAAGACAAAUUGGUUAAAAUAAAAAUUUAUUUAUAAUUCAUUUUAAUAAUGAAAUACUGUCUUUCACUCAUAUUGAAAAAAUAAAGAAAGACGUAUCUAAAACAUAUACAUUUAAAAGUACAUAAAUUUAUCAGUACAGUGUUAGAUCUAUACAUCAA